AAAAAUAAUAAAUCAUACUUAUUAAUUAUGAGAGUUAGAAUUAUAGACUUUAGUGGAUUCUAUUUUAAUGAUCGAUUUAUUAUUAAAGAAAUUUGUGUGUGUAAAAUAAUUGACUAUCGUAAUGGAUAUGUCCGACCUGUUAUGCAUAUAACAAAAUCACCUGUACCAAAUCUUGAAGGAGAAAAUAUUGUAUUUUAUCAAAGCUUCAAAGAAAUUAAUGGAAUUGAAUGGAACACUGGUUCUUACAGUAUCGAUGUUUUACGCCGAAGGAUAUUGUAUGUAUUUCAGCGCGGGAUAAAAAUUUUCGUAAAAAACGAUAUUAAAGCUGAACAGUUGAUGAAUUUCAUCGGUAGAGAAGAUUAUAAACCAGAUACUCUAAGUGAUUUAGGCUUUAAUGAAAAUUCUGUAAUGAGAAGCUCUCACUGUCGUUAUCAUAAUACUAAUCAACAAUUUAGUUACUGUGCACGCGAUAAUGCUAUGAAAAUGGUUCGAUGGUUUUUAAGAAUGAAUAAUAUUAUGUAUUUUAUUAUACACUUUAAUGGAUAUUACUCUGAUGAAAAUGAAUUUACUUUAAAAGAAGUAAGUAUCUACGGCUUAGAUGCUAAUGAAUUAGUUUUGUAUAAUAAUUUAUUUGUUGCGAAACCGCCGAACAAUUUAAACAAUUAUUCAUCAGAUAUUAUUGAAAAUUACAAUAGAAACAUUUAUGAAAAAUAUGGGAUUGAGUGGACUAAAGGUUGUUACGAACCAUCACACCUAAAAACUAAAGUAAUAAAUAUUGUGAAAACUGCUAUAAAUAUCAAAUAUAUAUUUGUAAAAAAUAAAAUUUAUAAAAAUGAACUGGAACGAAUAAUUGGUCAUUCAUAUAAUAUUUUAUGUUUAGAUGAAUUCAAUUAUAUUGAAUCAUUACCUUUAAGCACAAGUUGUUUUUAUCACACUCAUGAAGAUAUUAGUAGCAAUAAAUGCGUUGGUGACCAAGCUAAUGAUAUGAUGAAUUGGAUAGUAAGAAUGAAAUAUUAUAAAAUUGAUAAUAUAGAGACAAGAAUAAGAUUCAAUAAAAUUUUACAACGAUUAAGACAAUUUGAUUAG